CCGGGGCGCAUGCGCGGUGGCGGCCGCCGCUGCUGCCUCCCCUCCUCUUCCUCCUCCUCCUCCUCCUCCUUCUCCUCCUCCUCCUCCUCCUUCCCGACAGCGGCGGCGGCGAUGAGGAGGAGCGCGGGGGGGGGCGGCGGCGGGACGGCCGGUUGUUCGCGCCGCUGAAGGGACACGAAGCAGCGCCGCGCCGAGGCGGGGGCGGGGGGCCCCGAGUCGCUGCCCCCCCGCAGCCCCGCCGGGGAGUUUCUUCCACAUCCCCCCCAAACACACCGAGACCCCCCCGCCGUCCCUCGGGGGCGGCCCCGCGGAGCGCCGCUCCCUCCUCCUCCUCCCCCUUUAUUACCCUUUGUGUGCGUCUCCGCCUUCCUCCCUGCGCCCGGGGGCCCUGAGAUCCUUGCUGACGAUGGUGGUCGCUGGAGGCAGCACUGUUGAAGAUUAUCUCAUUUACAGACAAGAUCUCUGAAAUCUGUUCCCUUCAGGCAGCAAAGGAAGAAGAGGCUUCAUCGCAACAAAACGGGCAAAAACCACAAAGACUUGAAGAAACAGCACUUCUCCAAUUCUUCCCCUAAAGUUCUGAGAAGCACCAAAUCCUAAAGGAUUACACCCAGCAGUCUUCCUGAUUCCAGAUGUGAGUGGGUGCAGGAGUUGUCCCAUGAGGGCUGGAGGGAGGCGAGGCGCCUCCCCCAUGGACACAGCCCGUCCAGAGCAGCACAGCACACUGUCUAAGGCAAAGCUCAAACUGCAGCAGCAGUGCUGAAAAACCUGCAAGAUCCCCAAGAUAACUUGGAGCAAGACCAUGAGAAGCAAUGUAGCUUGGAGUGAACAAGAUGAACAGACCCACCUUCAAUCUAAUGCUUAAUGAGGAAAAAGGCUGUUUGAUUGGAGCCAAGGAGUCAGCAAAGAAACUCAACAAGACAACUUGGAUCAUGACCAGAAGAUAAAAAGAAACUCAAAAGGAUGUGGCAUAUAAAGGGUGUAAUACCUGGAGGUGUUGGAUCUGACUCGUAUUUAUAAAGAUGAGACGAGCUUUCACGAAACACAAGUUAUCUUAGACACUCAUCAAGCUUGGAGCCAUCAUGCUGUUGAACUAGAAAUUCUCCUUUUCCCCAUUCUCCUUUCUGACAGGUAACAAAGGAUUGGUGAAUUAUGAUUUUCCCAAGUUGGAAGCACUAAUUUUUAUCUAUAUAGUUCAUCCUUAUGAAUAUAUAAGGAGUUAAACAUUGCAUAUUUAAUGUGGAUUAUAAUGGGAAAGUGACUCAUUAACCAAAAUGGCCACUUUUGAGGACUUGGUUUCAAACUGAGCUGGAGCCUCCCGAUGCACUUUGUAGGAUCUGGGGAAAGCUGUGCUGCAGGGCCUGCUUUGGGAGGCCAGGAUGAGAUGUAGUAAAAGGAUAUCACCCCACUGUUGAUACCUUUGAAGACUCACAACCAGAAACAGGAAAAUGAAUGGUGGGAAGGAGUGUGACGGAGGGGACACGGAUGGAGGGCCACCAGCAGUGCAAGUUCCCGUUGGUUGGCAGCGGAGGGUGGACCAGAGUGGAGUUCUCUACAUCAGUCCCAGUGGGUCUUUAUUAUCCUGCUUGGAGCAGGUGAAGACUUACUUGCUGACUGAUGGAACGUGCAAGUGUGGCCUAGAAUGUCCUCUUGUUCUUCCCAAGGUCUUUAAUUUUGAUCCUGGAGCUGCUGUGAAGCAGAGAACUGCCGAAGAUGUUAAAGCGGACGAAGAUGUCACCAAACUAUGCAUCCACAAAAGGAAAAUUAUUGCUGUGGCUACACUUCACAAAAGCAUGGAAGCACCACAUCCUUCACUGGUUCUAACUAGUCCUGGUGGUGGAACAAGUGCGACGCCAGUAGUUCCCACCCGAGCAGCAACUCCAAGGUCGAUGAGGAAUAAAUCACAUGAAGGAAUUACAAAUUCUGUGAUGCCGGAAUGUAAGACUCCUUUCAAAUUGAUGAUGGGGGCAUCUAAUGCCAUGGGUAGGCUUUAUGUGCAAGAAAUGGCUGGAAGCCAGCAAGCAGAGCUCCACCCUGCCUAUCCCAGGCAGAGAUUGGGGAGCAAUGAACUGGGGCAGAAGUCUCCGUACCGCGGCAGUCACGGGGGGAUGCCCAGCCCCGCGUCCUCGGGCUCGCAGAUCUACGGGGACGGCUCCAUCUCCCCCAGGACUGACCCGCUGGGCAGCCCCGACGUCUUCACGAGGAACAAUCCCGCUUUCCACGGGGCGCCCAACUCCAGCCCCAUCCACGCGACCAGGACGCCCCUGUCCCCGCCGUCGGUCAUGCUGCACGGCUCUCCCAUACAGUCAUCCUGUGCAAUGGCUGGAAGGACUAAUAUACCUCUGUCCCCCACCCUCACCACCAAGAGCCCGGUCAUGAAAAAGCCCCUGUGUAACUUUUCGGCCGGUAUGGAAAUCCCACGAGCAAUGUUCCACCAUAAACCCCCCCAAGGCCCGCCCCCGCCUCCUCCACCGCCUUCGUGUGCUCUUCAGAAAAAGCCAUUAACAUCCGAGAAGGAUCCUCUUGGCAUCCUGGACCCGAUUCCCAGCAAACCGGUGAGCCAGAACCCCGUGAUCAUGAACCCCGCCGCCUUCCACUCGAGCGCCCACUCUCAGGUACCCGUGAUGAAUGUAAGCAUGCCCCCCGCCGUGGUGCCCCUGCCCAGCAACCUGCCCCUGCCCACCGUCAAGCCCGCCCACGUGAACCACGGCGCUCACGUCCAAAGGGUCCAGCACUCGGCGUCCACGUCGCUGUCGCCGUCGCCGGUGACGUCCCCCGUUCACAUGAUGGCGCCCGGCAUGGGCAGGAUCGAGGCUUCCCCCCAAAGAUCGCGCUCUUCUUCCACCUCGUCCGAUCACGGGAACUUCCUGCUGCCUCCGCUAGGGCCGCAGGCGUCCUGCAGCGGCAUCAAAGUCCCUCCCAGGUCCCCGAGGUCAACCAUAGGGUCACCGAGGCCAUCCAUGCCAUCCAGCCCUUCCACCAAGCACGACGGACUUAAUCAGUACAAGGACAUCCCUAACCCGUUAAUUGCUGGAAUGAGUAAUGUGUUAAAUCCUCCCAACAAUGCAGUUUUUCCCGCUGCAUCGGCUGGAAGCGGUUCCUUGAAGAGUCAGCCCGGUUUGCUGGGAAUGCCUUUAAAUCAGAUCUUGAACCAGCACAACGCUGCCUCUUUUCCAGCAAGCAGUUUACUCUCAGCAGCAGCCAAAGCACAGCUAGCAAAUCAAAAUAAACUUGCUGGUAACAACAAUAACAGCAGUAGCAAUUCUGGACCUGUUGCCGGCGGCGGCAGCACCGAAGGACACAGCACUUUAAAUCCCAUGUUCCCUCCUGCUGCCAACGUGCUCCUGCCCACCACGGAGGGGCAGAGCGGCCGGGCGGCCCUGAGAGAUAAACUCAUGUCUCAGCAGAAGGAUCCUCUGAGGAAAAGGAAGCAGCCCACCACCACGGUGCUGAGCUUGCUGAGGCAGUCUCAGCUGGACAGCUCCGCGGUGCCCAAAGCCGGCUCCGAUUUGAUCAGAAAGCCAAGUCAAAGCUCCUUCCCCAUCAGCUCCAUGUCGCAGCUCCUGCAGUCCAUGAGUUGUCAGAGCUCCCACGGGAGCAGCAAUAGUUCCUCGUCGGGCUGCGGGGGCUCCAGCGGCGCCCUGCCCGCCCACCAGCUGCCCCUGGCGGAGCCGGCGCUGGCCCCGGCGCUGCCCCUGCGCGGGGACGGGCUGCCCUGCCCCGGCCCCGGCUUCGGCCCCGCCACGGCCCCUUCCAACCAUCUGGCCGGGCUCCUCAACCAGAUGCAGGCCAGCGGGAGCUGCGGGAUGCUCCCCCAGGCUGGCAUGGCCCUGGGGGGCUCCCUGCACCCCAGCCCAGCCCAGGCCAGGCUGCAGGCGCCCUCCACGCCGGCGAUCGCCAACAGCAUCGGGAGCAGCUGUAGCCAGGCCAGCCCUGACGCAGGGGGAUUGGGCCCGUCGUCAUCGAUAGCCAUCGCUGGCACCAGCCAAGCUGCCAUCACCAAGACCACGUCUGUGCUGCAGGACGGUGUCAUUGUCACCACCGCGGCCGGGACCCCUCUGCAGCAGGGCCAGCUGCCCGUGGCGGGCGAGUUCCCCUUCGGCGGCCACGAGCACUCGCUGCACUUCCCGCAGAACAGCUCUGCAAACAACAAUCUGCCACAUCCUCUGAACCAGAACCUCCUCAGCUCCCUGCCCCUCUCUCUGCCCGUGAAUCAGCAACAUCUCCUCAACCAGAAUCUCUUGAACAUCCUCCAGCCUUCAGCAGGAGAAGGCAAGUCCGAGGUCAGCCUGAACCCUCUGGGUUUCCUGAACCCCAGCGUCAACGCUGCUCUGGCCUUCCUGUCCGGCGACGCGGACGGGCAGGUCCUGCAGCCCGUGCACUUCCAGCUGCUGGCGGCGCUGCUGCAGAACCAGGCGCAGGCUGCUGCCAUGCUCCCGGUGCCCUCCUUCAACGUGACCAUCUCCGACCUGCUCCAGCAGCAGCAGCAGCAGCAGCAGCAGCAGCAGCACAGCACCCCGGCGCCCUCGGCCGCGCAGCUGCCCGGGCCCGCCGAGGCGCUGGGCGAGCGUGUGGAGAGCCUGCUGCCCGCCGCCGUGCCCGCCUUCCCGGGCACCGAGCCCGGCCCGCUGCUGCUGCCCGCCGCCUCGGGCGCCCCGGCGCUCAUGGCCCUCAACCCGCAGCUGGUGGGCGGCGUGCUGGGCUCGGGCGGCCACCCCGAGGUGGCCAUCGCCACGUCCUCGCCAGCCACCACCACCACCACCACCACGUCGUCGGCGGUGGCCGCGCUGUCGGUGUCGGCGCUGGGCGGGGGCACGGCCGUGGUGUCCAUGGCGGAGACGCUGCUCAACAUCUCCGGCGGCGCCCCCGCCAAGCUGGGCGGCGGCUCCGCGGUGCCGCAGCUCCUCAACCCGCUCCUGGGCACGGGCCUGCUCGGGGAAAUGUCAUCUCUGAACACUACUCUGAACAACCAUCAGCUCAGCCACCUCCAGUCGCUGCUCAACAACAAUCAGAUGUUUCCUCCCAAUCAGCAGCAGCAGCAGCAGCAGCAGCAGCACCUCCUCCAGGGCUACCAGAGCGUGCAGGGCUUUCAAGGCCAGCCCCAAAUUCCUGGCCCAGCCAACAACCCAAACCCCAUGGCGUGUCUGUUCCAGAAUUUCCAGGUGAGGAUGCAGGAAGACGCCGCCGUCCUCAACAAAAGAAUGAUCACCCAGAUGGGAAUGGCGCCGGUUCCCGAGAGCUCCAACGCUCUCCUGCCUCCCUUCCAGGAGCCCCCCUGCGAGCUGCAGCAGAGACCCGACCCGUCCCUGGGCCAGCAGGCCAAGGACGUCCCCAACGCCGCGGGCGACGCCUCGGUGGACGCCAUCUACAAGGCGGUGGUGGACGCGGCCAGCAAGGGGGUGCCGGUGGUGAUCACCACGGCCGGCUCCAGCGCGGCGCAGCCGAGCCCCAUCCCCGCCCUGAGUGCCAUGAGUGCCUUCACAGCCUCCAUCGGGGACCCCCUGAACCUGGCGGGUGCUGCUGCCCACGGCCGCGGCGCCGAGCACGAGGGGCGCGGCCGCGGCGCCCGCGGCGCGCGGGGCCCCAAGGGCGCCGAGCACGGCAAGGGCGAGGGGGACGGCUACGAGUACUACAAAGCAGCCUGCAACACGCCCAAAAAGCAGUGGGAAGGGGAGCAGAGCCCCGGGGGGGACGUGGGCAGGUGGAAAUGCGAGGAGUUCCUGGAGCACUCCGCCCACAUCCACGGCAGCCCGUGCCACGAGAGGCCCAACAACGCCUCGGCGCUGCUGCAGGGGGAGCAGCACCAGGCCCUGCUGGCGCAGCGGAACUGUCAGAGCGAGAAGAUGCUGGAGGAGAAUUUCAGGUAUAACAAUUACAAAAGAACUAUGAUGAGUUUCAAGGAAAGACUGGAGAACACUGUGGAACGAUGUGCACACAUCAACGGGAACCGCCCGCAGCCCAACAGGGGCUUCGGGGAGUUGCUCAACGCUUCCAAACAAGACCUGAUCCUGGAAGAGCAAUCCCCCAGCUCCUCCAACAGCUUGGAGAGUUCCCUGGUGAAAGACUACAUCCAUUACAAUGGAGAUUUUAAUGCCAAAAGCAUUAACGGGUGCGUGCCCAGCCCCUCGGAUGCUAAGAGCAUCAGCAGCGAGGAGGAGCUGCGCAACCCCGAGUCGCCCUCGUCCCACGAGCUCAUCCACUACAGGCCGAGGACGUUUAACGUGGGCGACUUGGUCUGGGGCCAGAUCAAAGGACUCACGGCCUGGCCUGGCAAACUUGGCAGAGAGGAGGAGGUUCACAACUCCUGUCAACAGAACGCUGAGGAGGGGAAGGUGGAGCCCGAGAAGCUGAAGACACUAACGGAGGGGCUGGAGGCGUUCAGCCGCGCCAGGAAGAGGAACAGGAAAAGUGGAAAGCUAAAUAACCAUUUAGAAGCUGCUAUACACGAGGCCAUGAGUGAACUAGACAAAAUGUCUGGGAAUGUCCACCAAAUCCCGCAGGGAGACAGACAAGUGAAGCCUCCAAAGCUCAAGAGGAGGAAGAUCUCUAGAUAACAUUGAAUGUCUUUGUUACUGGUCCAGUCCUUAUCACAGUGAACGUGCACAUGAGUUAUCUGUAGGUAUUGAUCCGGGCUCUGUCGGGAUUUCUGGAGACAGCUCGCUGCCAGCAGGGCACCACCAGCAGCACUGGUGCCACUUUUGGGAUGAUUAGGAGGGAUAGAGGUUGCUGGAUAAGCCAAUCAGAAAUCUUGGAAGGUUGCAGUAACAAUGUCAGAUGAUUACUGAUUUUUUUUUUUUUCUAUAAUACUAAAAAUUGUGAUUAUAAGAAAUAGUCCAAAUGUUUCUGAGAAAUUUUCAUUGUGUAUAUAGAUAAUACAGAAUUUCAUGGUGAUAUCUGAACUGUAAAUAUUGUACAAUAUUGUCAUGUACAAGCGUACCUAAUGCACACUUUAUCUUUUAUUGUACAAAAAAUAGUGUACAAAAUUCUUUGGUUUCUAUUGAGUACACAUACAAGAGACUACCAGUGUAAAGUGAUAAAUAAAAAUACAGCCUAAAUGCUUUUAUAUGAUAAUGUAAAAGAUGCUGUUUUUGUAUUUAACAGCAGAGAGAAGGCAUGAUUAUGUAAUACCUUAAUGAUGACAUCCACCUCACGCCACUGAGUGUUCAUUGCUAUGUCUGUGUGGAAUAACCUUGCCUGGAAGUGCUGUACUCCAGUUCAGGCCUCGAGGAGAGCGCAGCCUCGCAGAUUCCCCACGGGAUGUGGGAUCACAGCCCUGAAUAACAAUUCCACGGCUGCAACCCCUCGGUUGCGUUUUUAUUUCCUUAGCUUUGAACGUAGAGCGCUGUAGAUUUGAUUAAAAAGGACAAAAAAAAAAAAAGAAGGGUAGAGGGACUAUCUUAGUCAAGCAUUUUUGUAGAAGUUUCAUAGCCACCCGAGGAACUAAAGAGUCGAUACCCCCGUAACUUGAGCCCCUCCAACCACCCCUAGAUUAAUUAGCCUCAAUUAUCUAAGGUCAUUAACACGGUGUUUCCUGGGAAGGGGGCAGGGGCCCUGCUUCCAGCAGUGAUCAGCACAGAUUGAUUGCUGUCCUUUACCUUUGGUUUGGCGUAGGAUGAAAGGGCAACGCUCCGCAGCGUCCGGGAAAAGCGAUCCCAGGAUCCGUCUCGCAGUAUUAAAACAGAAACAAACUCAAGGGUGGCUGACAAAACUAUUAGCAGCAGUAAUUUUUAUCAGUAUUAUGUAACAUAUCAGAUUUAUUUUAUUUAAAAAGAAUUAUUUAUACCAUUAACAGAUUCUUAUAUAUAUUAAUGUGGCUGAAAUGCGCAGGUUAAAUCUAUUAACCAAAUUAUUUAUGUUAUAUUAAGUGAGAAAUGUGAAACAUAUGUAGAAAAAAAAUUAAUACACUACAGAUUUAAAAGUCUAAAGCUAUGAGCCAUUAUAAAAUUAACGAACGGAAGUGUAGCACAACAUUCUUUCCAUUUGAUUUCAUUUUUCUUUUUCACACGGCCGGUGGCGAUGGUGGCGGAGGCCGUGGCGAGGCUCCCCCGGGUCACUCCAGCUCACCGUGCCCGGGGCGAGCUUUAGCUCCCGCCGCUGGCCCCGGGGCCACCGCUUACCUCAGAUUCCCUUCUCCCCGGGCUCCCCCGCGGCUCUGUGGCUCAGGACUGGCAGUGAUCGGCGCCGCGGGCAGCGGCGCAUCCCGAGAUCCCGCGGAUCCCGGGGCUCCUUGUGCCGGUGCCGGGACAGCGCUGCCGGGCCCGCAGCUCCGCGGGCUCCGGGCGGGUCGCGGCGGUGCCGGAGCCGCUCCGGGCAGGUUCCUCCGUGUCCCCGCUGCGCUCGGAGCCCUCCCGGGCCGCAGCUCCGCUCUCCGUGGCCGUGUCCCGAUCCGUGCGGAGCCGCUCUCCCUCGGGCUCUCCUUUGCCUCCGCUCCGCGUCCCAGGGCUGAGUUCGUGUCUCCUUUGGCCCUUAGGUCUGUGCUCCCUCCCGCUGCUUUACUUUACAUCCCUAAGAUUUUGUAAAGUAUUCUCGUGCACUUGAUCUCCUCGGUUGAUAAUGGCAUUGAUGUGGGUGCUAGGAGUAGUUUGUUUCAGUCCAUACCGAUUUUUUUUUCUCUCUCUUUUAGAGUUUUUAUGGUUUCGUGUAAGCAGUUCAUGUAAAUAUUGUGAGCGUUACAGGUCAUGCAGUGUUGUAACAUUUUAAGAAAUGUUGCACCGACUUUACGAUUAAAAAACUGGUCACUCAUACUUGAAUUUUGCCCAUAGAGCCAUUUCUUUCUCUUUGCAUUAAAGCAUAAUCUACUUUUUUGAUGGAGGCCCAACCCUUCUUUCUACCUUAUUAUUUUUUGUUUAAUAAAUCUCUAUUUUUUCUAAUAGAAGACUUAAAAAUGAAAAUUUAAAAAAAAAAUACUUUUUGCCUACUUUCUAAUUUAAGAGAGAAUUCCUAUAUUUAAAAGGUGGAGAAAAAAAAAAAACACAACAAAAAAAAAAAAGACCAAAAAAAAAAAAUUCCAAAAGAAACAAAAAAAACCCACAAAAAAAAUUUCACUCCAUUGUGGAAAGUGGAUCACCACUGGAUUUGUCAUGAACGUGGCACAAUCACCCCAGAGUGGCUGAGCACAGCGAGCCCACGACGCCGAUCAGGACCUCGGUAGAUUUAGGGAACGCCGUGAUUCCUUGAGGAUGUAAAGUGUUGCAUAUUCUUGUCUAUUUAUUUAUUUAUUUAUUAUGCUUUCUUUUUGCUUAAGUGGGUGAACUUAAUGUGGUUUGAGUCAUUCAGAUGACGUUCAAAUUAAAGGAAAUAUUCCUCUUUCUCUUAUGGUGCGUUGUGUGAACGCCAUAAACGAAACGGAACAAAAAUAUUUUCAUUUCUUUCAGUGGAUUUUCUUCGUAUUUUCAACUUUCUGGCUGGUAUCAGCUGCAAAAAAAGAAAUAAUAUCCACAUAGUUUAAAAAUAAUUUUAAAAAAAAAGGCAAAAAAAAAAUCCCCACCCCACCUCUGAUGUCCCAGGUCUGUUGUCCUCACAGUCUAAGGUUUUAGGGGUUAAGAGGAACUUCAAAUUCCAAGGUCUUUCCGAAAUCAUCUUUGCAGAAGGUUUAUGAGUCAUGUGAAAUCCUUUUGGAGUCCCUGAGUUUGAUGGUCUAGAGAUAUUAGAGGGCUCGUGGUGGACUGAAUUACCUUAGGACUGAAUUACCUUUCUUAGCUACAGUUUGUAUUUUGCUAUGUAGGGUUGUAAUGUGAGAAUUCCAGAAGAGCCGUAGCAUAAAAGUGCUUUUCUAUUUUUUAAAAAAACCCAUUCUAGUCUUACUAAGAAUUAGAGAAUUUUUUUAAUAUCAGUUUUGUAAUUUUUGAUAAAGUUGUCAAUAUUAUGAUUAAAUCACCAGAAAAAACA